GUAGCCCACAAAUGCAGCAGGGAAACCAUCCAGGAGAGGGGCAGAGUAAAUCCAGUCACAGAAGCAGAGAGAGAAAAACAAACACAGAAACUGUUAAACAGAAAAUCCCCCAUCAACAGUCACCCUGCACUUGCAGUGACUGUGCAGCUCUUCUUACACAAGACAGAACCCUCACAGGGGAGAAACCCUUCAGCUGCCCUGACUGUGGGAAAAGCUUCAUUUGUAGCUCAAAGCUGAAUACACAUAGGAAAAUCCACAAAGGGGAGAAACCCUUUAGUUGUUCUGACUGUGGGGAAAGCUUCAGGUAUAGUUCAAACCUUAAAACACAUUUAAGAAGGCACACAGGAGAGAAACCCUUCAGCUGCUCUGACUGUGGGAAAAGCUUCAGGUAUAGUUCAAACCUUAAAACACAUUUAAGAAGCCACAAAGGGGAGAAACCAUUCAGCUGCUCUGACUGUGGGAAAAGCUUCAGUCGGAAUGCUAAUCUUCUUAUCCAUAGGAGAACUCAUACGGGGGAGAAACCCUUUUACUGCUCUGACUGUGGGAAAAGCUUCAGUAGUAGCACAGUCCUUAAUAGCCACCAGAAAAGCCACAAAGAAGAAAGACCCUUUAGGUGCUCUGACUGUGGGAAAAGCUUCAGUCGGAGCUCAAAUCUUCUUAACCAUAUGGGAGCACACACAGGAGAGAAACCCUUCAGCUGCUCUGAUUGUGGGAAAUGCUUCAGUCACAGAUCAUACCUUCUUCUCCAUAGGAGAAUCCACACAGGGUAUAAACCUUUCAACUGCUCUGACUGUGAGAAAUGCUUCACUCAGAGGUCACAACUUGUUAAACACAGGAGAACCCACACAGGAGAUAAACCCUUCAGCUGCUCUGACUGUGGGAAAAGCUUCAGUUGUAGCUCAAAGCUUGAUACACAUUGUAGAAGCCACAAAGGAGAGAAACCCUUCAGCUGCUCUGACUGUGGGAAAAGCUUCAGUUGUAGCUCAAAGCUUGAUACACAUUGUAGAAGCCACAAAGGAGAGAAACCCUUCAGCUGCUCUGACUGUGGGAAAAGCUUCAGUUGUAGCUCAAAGCUUGAUACACAUUGUAGAAGCCACAAAGGAGAGAAACCCUUCAGCUGCUCUGACUGUGGGAAAAGCUUCAGUUGUAGCUCAAAGCUUGAUACACAUUGUAGAAGCCACAAAGGAGAGAAACCCUUCAGCUGCUCUGACUGUGGGGAAAGCUUCAUUUGGAGGACGCAGCUUGUUAGGCAUUGGAGAACCCACACAGGGGAGAAACCAAAUACCAGAAGUGGGGAAAACCUUUUAGCAAGCAGGUUCAAAGCCUUAGGUGGGCCUGAUUCUGAUUCAGAAUCAGGCCCACCUAAGGCUUUGAUCCUGCCCAUGAGAUAGUACCAGGUCCCACGUCUUUAUGGGCAUGUAUUGCAGGGGAAAGAGCUCAGCCCGCCCCUCUUUCUGCCAUGCAGACACUGGAGAGGAGGCAGCGCUGGGACUGAGGGUCCUCAAUGGCACCUCAGUCAUACGGACUAGGGCUGGCCUCCAAAAUUCAAGGCACCACUGCACCUCUGGCCUCCAAAGCUAGGUCAUGGUCACAGCCUUAGACUCUCAUGCUUCUGGAGCCAUGAGGCCAUGGCUGUAGUGCCUCUGGGGCCAGCCCUUGGCUGCAUGGUUGUAGCAGUGGUGCCUGCAGUCCCAUGUGGCUGCAGCAGUGACACUUCUGGUCUCCAGGGCUGACCUGCAGCUGCAUGGCUGCAGCAGCAGGACGUCCCUCUGGGGCAGGGUGUGGCUGGAGAUGUUGCUGCAAGGGGUUACGAAGCCAGGUAACAUUCUCCCUCAUUCCCAGACCUGUCCCACCCAACCCCCUCACUUCCCUCCCUUCACCCCCAGCUUGCUCUGACAAUCCCCUUGUUCUUGCACCUUCUCUCCUGAUCACACUCUGCCUCUUCUCUUGUUCCUCCUCCCUCCACCUGGCCAGACACUGCUUCCAGCCUGCUUCUACACCCCAGCUCCCUCUCAAAUCCUGCUCCCCAUCCUUGUCCUCUUUCCUGGCAGCCCUGUCUCACACACUGUGCCCUACAUCAGUGAGCAUUGGGAAGGUUUGGAGGGUUGGUUGUGAGGUUUUUUUUUUUUUUUCCUUCUCAGUUCUGUGGUCCCCAACUGGUGUUUCUGUGGGUCAGCAGUAGUGUGGUUGCUGACCCACAGAAGCAGAGGAGUAGCAGUGUUAGCUUGACUUGCAUCUGACGAAGUGGGUCUUUGCCCACAAAAGCUUAUGCUCCAAUAAAUCUUUUAGUUUAUAAGGUGCCACAGGACUCCUCGUCACUUUGACAGAUCCAAGCUAACACAGCUACUCCUCUGCUUCUGUGGGUCAAUGACCAUGACCCAAAAAUGGUUGUCCACUACUGCUUUAAAUAAAGAAAACAUUGAAACCUUUUGUGUUGGUCAUAAUGUUUAAAAAGAAGUUUGACAAAGUAGCAUGAGAAAGUGACAAUACUUACUCUGUUUUAUAAUGUCAAUUAAACUGAUCUCCCCAUCUGCUGCACUAGCAAAAUGGCUCAAAUGUAAUUAUAUAAUUAGCUGUGAGUGUCCAUUAGCAACUGGUAGUUUGUGGAAAUGUUUGCAUGGACCCAGGUGGAACACAGGGCAUGUAGUGGAGAAAGUGUGGCCAAAACACAGGCCUUGCGGUGAGCAGGGUUUGCAUCUGUGCAAGGGAAACCCUAUUGAAUUUCAAUUCCAACACCUUAACCACUCAGCCAUGACAGGUAUAAGCUCAGCAGUGCCCCCAGGGCCAGGGAAACUGGUAAAUAAUCCCAGUUCCCAGGCCUGACGUCACUUGCCACAGAAUUCACAUAGCAAACCUGGCUCCUAGCACAUGAGGGCUGUGUCUAGACUG